CCAAGUUGCACUGCGAACACCGGAAAGUAGCCCCACCGAUUCUGGAGUCGACCACGGUGAAACUAUCAGUUUGAGACAACUAUAUUCCCCUCGUCACCGUUGAAGAUGUGCUUGGGAACUGGCCAUGGAUGCGGACUGGGACGAGGUCACCCGCAUCGCCUUCCCGGCGCCCGGAACCAAUGACUAUCCCAGACCGGCGACCACCCUCGCCUUCGACACCAUCGCCGAGCUGCUAUGGGCAGGAAACGACCGGGGCCGCGUGGCCUCGUUCUACGGCCGCGACCUCCAACGAUACACUGCCUUCAAGAUUCAGCCGCCUUCCGAAGGUCCCGUCCGCCAGUUCCUCUUCCAUGACAAGGGCGUCAUAGCCCUCGGCACUCGGAGCGUUCACAUGGCGAUGCGGAGGGGCCCGGCUCUGUGGAAUAUCCGUCACGAAGACAUGAAGGAUCUGCAAUGCAUGACUUUUACCUCCAAGGGCGCCUCCGAAAUCAUCGUCGCCGGCUGGCAGGACACUAUGUUCGUCAUUGACGUCGUCAAGGGAGAGAUUGUCAAGACCGUCCCCACCGAACAUCACUACACCAUCAUGAAGAAGAGCAAGUAUAUAUGCGCCGCCACACGAUCCGGCUGCGUUGACCUGCUCGACCCCGUCACCUUCAAGCUGGUUAGGAGCUGGCAAGCCCACGCCUCGUACAUCAACGACAUGGAUGCCCAGAACGACUUCAUCGUUACCUGCGGAGGCUCCCUUAAGCAGCAGGCAGCCCAGACCUACAUGCUGGAUCCAUACGUCAAUGUCUUCGAUCUCAAGAACAUGACCUCUAUGAAGCCCAUGCCGUUCCCCCCUCUCGCGGCGCACGUGCGACUGCAUCCCAGGAUGCUCACCACCAGCAUCGUGACUUCGCAACAUGGGCAGAUGCAUGUGGUCGACAUCAUGAACCCCAAUACGAGCAAUGUGCGGUACGCGAACGUCAUGUCCUUCAUCAACCUGUUCGAAAUUGCGCCCUCGGGCGAAGCUCUAGCCAUGGCCGACUCCGAGUGCAACGUCCACCUCUGGGGAUCACCAUCGAAGAUUCACUUCACCAACAUGGCGCUUCCGAUAGAGCUGCCGAAGGCAGAAGAGCCCGCGCCGAUGCUGGAUUGGUCGCCUGACACACCUCUGAGCUCGAUCGGCCUUCCCUAUUACCGCGAACCGUUAUUCUCGGCUUGGCCUGCAGAUAUUAUCUCCGACGUGGGCGCCCCACCGGUGCAGCUCGACCCAGGCUUUCUCGCCACCCUCAAACAGACUGACUGGGGCUUCUACGGCCGGAACACACGGGGCUUGCGGCGCAACCAGGUCGAGGAUACGCGGGCGAGCACCAAGACCUCCGCUGCCAUACAAGCGCCGAAGUUCUUGAGCGAGAAGGCGCGCGAGUCGGCCAUGUCUUCCGGUGCGGACUCCGCGUCCGACUCUCUGGCAGGCCAGGGCCCGUCUGAUCCUUCUUCAUCGCCGACCGAGCUCGAGAGCUUGAAGCCUGAGGCGCCGCCCAUGUACCGGAACCUAGAGAUCAAGUACAGCAAGUUCGGGGUUGACGACUUUGACUUUGGGUAUUACAAUAAGACUCAGUAUGCCGGCUUAGAGAAUCACAUCCCCAACUCAUACGCCAAUUCCCUUCUGCAGCUUAUGCAUUAUACCCCCCUUUUGCGGAAUAUGGCGCUGCAGCAUGCCGCAACCGCGUGCGUAGGCGACCUGUGUUUGCUGUGCGAGCUGGGUUUCGUUUUCGACAUGUUACAAAAGGCCGAGGGCUCUACAUGCCAGGCAACAAAUCUGUUCAAAGCGCUGAGCGCCACGCCACAAGCUGCGCCUCUGGGCUUGCUGGAAGAGGAAAGCCAUGUGCCAUCUCUUUCGACAAUGACCCAAGGACUGGGUAGGUUUCUGUUUGACCGGAUCACCCACGAAUACCGGAGCAUCGCCCCAGCCUCAACCGCACUGGAGCAGGCCGUCUUCAACCUCCCACAGCCCCCGAACCCGGACGAGUUGGCGUCACGAAUCCUCGCUACGUCAGCCGUGGUCAUGAUAAAAUGUAUGAAUUGCCGGAGCGAGACAACGCGCCCCGGCACGGCGCACGUCAACGAUUUAAUGUACCCUCUACCGAAGGCCGGCGCGAGAGGCGGCAGAGCGACGAAGACGACCUUCUCACAGGUCCUCAAAAUGGGCGUCGAAAGAGAAACGUCCUCCAAGGGAUGGUGCAGCCGAUGUCAGCGAUACCAAAACCUGCAGAUGCGCAAGACCAUCCACAGCGUCCCGGCCGUUUUAGCUGUCAACGCUGCGGUUUCUACGGCCGAACACCGGAGGCUCUGGGCGACGCCCGGCUGGUUGCCAGAGGAAAUCGGCAUCAUUGUUGAUCAAGGGCAGUUCUUUUGCUUCGAAGGCGAAGACCUGAAGCUCCAUCUCCAGCGGGGGAUUCACAAUAUCACGGUUUACUCGUUGAUCGGAAUGGUCGUCAACAUCGAGAGCAACGCGCCCCAGAAGACGCACCUCGUGGGCAUGAUCAAUGUUGCUCAUGCGGAAACGACGCCUCCCGGCGAGAGCAAGUGGCACCUGUUCAAUGACUUUUCAGUGCGGCCUGUCUCGGCCGCCGAAGCAUUGAGGUUCAACGCGGCAUGGAAGAUGCCAGCCGUCCUUCUGUUCCAAAUGAAAGCCGCAAACAACCAGAGCAACAUGGACUGGAAGGCGAAGCUGGACACGUCGAUUCUGUACAAGGAUCUGAGCCCACACUCGGAGGCGAAGACGUACCGGGUGCUCGACCCAGAGACGGAGCGACCUGGCCCAGACACCAUCGUGGCUCUGGACACCGAGUUCGUGUCGCUCAAGCAACCCGAGAUCCAGAUGAACUCGGACGGCGAGAGGGAAACCAUCCGCCCCAUGUCCCACGCGUUGGCGCGGGUGUCGGUGGUUCGCGGCCAGGGCGAGCACGAAGGAGAGGCGUUCAUCGACGACUACAUCGCCAUCCGGGAGCCGGUGGUGGACUACCUGACGCUGUACUCGGGCAUCACGGCCAGCGACCUGGACCCGCGGACCACCAAGCACAACCUGGUCUCGCUCAAGACGGCCUACAAGAAGCUGUGGGUGCUGCUUAACCUCGGCUGCCGGUUCCUCGGCCACGGCCUGCGGCAGGACUUCCGCGUCAUCAACAUCCAGGUGCCGCGCGCGCAGGUCAUCGACACGAUCGAGGUCUUCUACCUCAAGUCACGCCUGCGCAAGCUUUCGCUCGCCUUCCUCGCCUGGUACCUGCUCAAGGAGGACAUCCAGCUCGAGACGCACGACUCGAUCGAGGACGCCCGCACGGCCCUCAAGCUGUACCGCAAGUUCCUCGAGUUUGAAGACGCCGGCGUCCUCGAGCCCAUGCUCGAGGACAUCUACAAGGCCGGCCGGGCCACCAACUUUAAGCCGCCCCGCCGGGAGGACCAGGUCAUCCAGCGGACGGACACGCCGCCCGUGACGGCGGCGUCGGACGGCGGUGCUGCCGGGGCCAGCGGCGACCCGUCCACGCCGGCGCGUAAGACGGCUGGCCUGGCCCUGGGCGCGUCGUCGUCAAGCACGCCGUUUGGCACCAUUCCUGUGUUUACGCCGAGCAAGGGAUCGCCGUUGCCGAAGUGAGAGGGCUUUUUUGAGGGGUUGUUGUGGG